AUGGGAAAUGAAACUAGUCAAACCUCUGGACAAGAAGAGGAUAUUCAAAGAAAUGAUGUUAGUCAUAAACGUAGUCAAUCAUUACAACGUGAUUUAACUUUAUCUAAUACAGGAAUUACUUUAUUACCGAAUUCAUGUAAAAGUCAAUCACAAAUUUCUUUACAUGAAAUCGUUGGAACAAAUGAUUCUAGUCAAGAUAAAACAAAUUCAAAGUUAACUACAGAUACAUCAACUACUGAAAUAGCUUUACUUAAAACUGUACAAAUGGAAUUAACUGAUGAUGAAAAGGAAUGUAUACAACAAGUAUUAGCUAGAGCACGUCUUGUAGAAAUGAAUGAAGAUAAACGUGUUACAAAACUACAAACUGAACUAAAACAUACUGAGCAAGUUGUUAAACGUCGUGUUUCACUAUCAAAUCAAGAUGUUACAAAGCAAGUUUAUUGUUGUUUACUCUGUGGACAAACUCCAUUACCAGAAGGUCAGUAUUCUGGACAAGACUGGAAAGUGUGCCAUGAUUGUCAGAAUAAUCUGUGCCCAAACUGUGUAGUACAGAUUGGUAAAAAUGUUGAUUCUGAAGUGUUUUGGUUGUGUAAAUUAUGUCAAAAGAAACGUCAAUUGACUGUCAGUUCUGGUAGUUGGUUACAACGUCUUCCUAAAAAUAACAAUAAUAAACAAACGAAGGAAUUACAAAAACUAAUACAGAAAACACAUGGAAUCACACGAACAGCAUCUUAUUCUCAAUAUGAAGAUUUAAUUGAUCAGGUUAGUUUAGAUGAAUCUACAGUAAAUAGUGGAGAUCAAGACGAACAUGAAGGUGAGGAAGAAAAAGAAGAAGAAUCGAAACAAUUAAUACAGAAGGAUAAUACACAACUUGUAAAAUCUCAUGAAAAUUCUAUAUUAAAAAAUAUUCAUCAAAGAAGAGCUUCAGAACAAAACAGUAUUAAAGAGGUGGUUGAAUCAACACACCGACUAUAUCAUUCCAUUAAUGAUAAUCAACCUGUAAAUAAUGAAACUAGAAAAGUAUCAAUAGGACAGAGAUUUUUACGCCAAAAUGAUGCUGUUAUUCAUGAUGACGAUGAUGAUGUUGAUAGGGAUAAUUAUAAAAAUCGAACUUAUCAAAAUCGUCUACAUUUGUAUUUUACAAAACAAAUUAGUGAACAAUUCAGUGUGGAUAGUGAUGAUGAUGAUAAUGAUAAUGUGUAUGAGAAAGACAAUCAAAAAUCUGAUCUUGUUAAUUUUCAUGAUAAAACUAAUGAAUCUAAUCAAAAUGAUCAAUUUAAUGAAACAAUUUUACAUAACAAUAAAUCAUCAACUAUAGUUCAACAAUUACAUCAUGAAGAAUGUUAUGAUGGAAUAGACAUGACUGAUGAAAUACAAGAGAUUACACCAACUGAUGUUAUUGAUGAAAAAGCUACUGAAAGGAAAGAAAUUGUUCAAUCUACUUAUACAAAUGUUCCUUUAGAUAAUAGUGAUCAAAUAAAUGUUUCAUGGUGUACAGUAUCACCAACCAACAUAUUAUCACAUCAUCAUACAGAUAAACAACAGUUUAUACCUGAAGAUUAUACUAUCUCUUCAAUGGAUUAUCUGAAUAGGCCUUAUCAUGAUAAUCAAGAACAUUUAAUCAGAUCUAAUUCAGAUCAGAUUAUAUUAAAUGAUCAAGAAAAUAUAAUAGAAUCAUUUAAUUCUUAUUCAAUCAAUCAGGAAAAUGAUCCAUUUAAUGAAAAUUCAUUGAUUUAUCACAAUAGACAACCAUCUAUAAAACAAGAUUCUAAGGAUGAUAUAUCAAUGAAAUAUUUAGAAAAAACAAACCUAUUUAACACUUAUACACAAUCAUAUGAAGAUAAAAUUGGUUUAAUUAUACCACAAUAUAAUUCAGAUGAAUAUAAUGAAGAUAUGAAUAUAAUUAAUGAUACUAAUGAUGAAACAAAAUCCUUAUCUCAAUCUUUGUUAACCAAUCAAGAUAAUGGAAGAUAUUCAAAUCAUAUACAUUUACAAUGCAAUAAUCAAUCACGUAGACAAUCAUAUCCAAUAAUUAUUAAUGAUGAUCAUGUAUUAUCAUUAUCUAAUCAAAUGAUUCAACAACAACAACAACAACAACCACGUUUAGCAUCAAAAUCUAGUUAUUUUGAAUAUUUUAAUACUGAUGAUCAUGAUCAUGAUAAUGAUGAUGAUGAUAAUGAAGACAGAUUCAUUCAUUCUUAUUAUGAUCAACCUAAUUCUUAUCAUUCAAAUAGGUUAUCUAAUCAUGAAAUGAAUUCAAAUCAAUUAAAUCUAUUUUUUCCAUAUAAUUUAAAUGAAUCAUGGGAUUAUGCUGAAGAUUUACGUAAAAUAGAUGAAAAUAUAUAUCAUCGUACAAAUAUUUCAAAUAAAACAAUUGAUUUUAACGAUAUUACUUAUGAUACAAUUAAAGUAGUAUAUUCAAUGAAAAUGAAAAUAAUAUUCAUACUACUAUAUCGACAGGAACUACUAACGUAA